UCUGGGGGGCAGGAGGUCUGGGUCCCUGUACAGCAGGCCCUUCUUUCUUAGCCCAAACAGGUCAGGAAGAUGCACCCUGGCACCCCAGCCACCUCAGGGCUCCCAGACCCCGAACCCCAAGAGCUGUGUGCCUUCAUGAGUGGGGUGGCUGCCCGAACCCUGAGGACCCUUCAGCCCCGGAAAGCACGGCCCCCCCGGAGGAAACCCAACCACCGGAGAUUCCUCUACAACCAGCUGUGCAGGAGUUUUGCUGACAUCGAGGAGGCCACCCGACACUUGGCUCUGACCAUCCUGUCCCAAGAGGGCCCGGGGCCCCAGGCCAAGCCCCGGCUCCAACGGCCUCCCUCGCCCUUCCUUGGGGUGGCACAGGCCCUGGCUGUUCCAGAGAGCC